CUCAGGUUUAACUACAACCUCCACUUCCCGCCCCGAAAUCCUUUCUCCUCUCAUCCCAAUCUCGAUUAUCCUCGACACCUUCCUCAUACACCAAACAUAUAAUGGCAAGAGCUAAAGCCACCACUACCACCGCCGCCAAGCCUGCCACGAAGAAGGCUCCUUCGAAAGCAUCUGCGAAACCAGCACCCUCUCACCCAACAUGGAUUGAUAUGAUUAAGGAAUGCAUCGCUGCUAAUACCGAAGAUGCGCGGAUUGGUGUUUCACGCCCACAAAUCAAAAAAUACGUCGAGACACAAUACAAACUUGAAAUCGGUGCCGCACAAACAACGCAACUGUCGAAGGCGUUGAAUUCGGGGGCGGAGAAAGGCAUCUUUUCAUUCCCCAAAGGUCCUUCUGGUCGAGUCAAGCUUAAUAAAGUGAAACCCGCCGAAGCUUCAGCCGCCAAGGAGAACAAACCCGCCUCCAAAGUCAAGGCCCCUGCUUCCAAAGCCAAAGCAACGACCACUACAAAGCCCAAGGCUGGAACCACGAAAACAGUUGCGACAACAAAGAAACCAGUGGCUUCAAAGGCUACCAAGGCUGCUCCAGCGAAGAAAGCGGCCCCAGCAAAGAAAGUACUCGCAGGCAAAUCCAAAGCUACUGCCCCUGCUAAGAAGACAACCACUGCUUCCAAGCGAGCCCCAGCGAAAAAGGCCGUGACUGGAACAACCGCCGCUGCAAAGGCGAAGGCAGCCGCAAAGAAGGCCCCCGCCAAGAAGGUUGCAACCAAGGCUUCUACGAAGGCGGCGCCUGCGAAAGCUGCGCCGGCGCCCAGGAAGCAGCCUACCAAACGCUCUUGAGAUUCCUCACCCUCCUCUUGACCGUUCACCCUUAUUGUAACCUCUUUACCAUCUAGUAUCUGGGCUUCGAUCGUCUUUCUUCGCUGUGCUUUUCUUAUCAUUUUUGUAACUAUAACUUAUUGAUGCAAAGGUGUACUUUUAUAUGUUCA